AUGCGAAAACAUAAAAACCGUCUAGGUCAGGGAGAAGCCAUAAAAAUUCAAUCCAGCGACCCACACGCGCGCGACCAUCCAAUAUCGAUCCAAUGGGACGCGAGGUCGCUAUGGACCAAUGGGGAAGCAGCUGGUGUGAGCAGAAAAAGGCACGUCCAACGAACAGAUGAAACGGAAGAGGGGAAAGGCGAGACGACUAAGGAGCAGAGAGGGCAGAAAUACACACUCAGUACUCGCACUCAACUAUCAAUGAUGAACUUUACGGAGGUUUUGAAGAAGAUCCCAACGCCGCAAAUUAAUCUACCCAACGUGCAGCUGCCCACAUUUGGGAAGGAUGCCAAUAAUGGGAAGGCACCGUUGAAUAUGACCAAGGAGGACAUGGAGCAACUGAUAACGACAAUACAGCACACGACUCUGGCUACCGAGGAUGGGGCUUUCGUUGCAUUGUGGAUUUUAACUCUAAUAGACCACUGGAACAACGAGCACGAGCGUAUAGUUGUGCUGACUGAGCGCAGCUUCUACAUCAUUCGCUACGACUUCCUCAGUGGCCACAUUCGUGAGAGCAAACGCGUUGGUCUUGGCCAACUGAUUUCUGUGACAACUGGACCCCUUGUUUUCCCCACCAAGUCGCUGAUGCCAACUCGAACCUCACCGGGGGUCCAGCUGGUCUGGGGUGACCUGGGCAGCGUUACAGCCGCCCAGAAGUGGAAUCCCCUGUGCCGCAACAUGCCGUAUGUGGUGUUAACCCACCACCCACUGUUAGUAAAGCAGAACAAACUGCCCAGUGGGCAAGCGAACGCAAACGGAGCUGGUUAUGGUCAUGACACGAAUGCUGGAACGCUGUAUGAUGUUAACAACUUCCUUCAGGCUAUCCGUGACGCCUGCAGUGCAUCCAAUGUGGAGUUUAAAACGGGCGACAUUACCAUCGAAAGCUACGGAAACAUUGGCAGCGUGGUAUUCAAUCAGACCAGUCUGGGAUUUACACGGUCAAAAGUGCCCGUGGCUGAAUAA